AUGGAUGUCAUGGUAACGGGAGAAAGUCAUGGUGGUAAUGACCUUCAAAUUUAUGGCUGUGAUGUUAUAAACCCUCCUUUGACAUCCACAGGCAUAGAUCAGUUCUUAAGUGGCCACUUCCCUCAUCAUCAACUACAGGCAAGGAACAGUUAUGCAAGUGCUUUUUCUGAGGAGGCUUUUAAGUGGACACACAUCAAUCAAAACCCUACAUUUUCCCUGGAAGAUAUGAAAAUUUCAUCUAAGAUCACAAAAAUGGUGGGAAGGAGAAGGAAGAAACAGCCUUCUGUGUCUUGGAUCAAGGGACAGUGGAAUAAGGAAGAGGAUAGGAAACUGAUAAGGUUGGUGAAGCAAUAUGGUGAUAAAAAAUGGGCUGAGAUAGCUGAGCAGUUGGAGGGAAGGGUUGGCAAACAGUGUAGAGAAAGAUGGAAUAAUCAUUUGCGUCCUGAUAUUAAGAAAGAUAGUUGGAGUGAAGAAGAAGAGAGGGUGCUAGUGGACAUGCAUGCGAGGCUCGGAAAUCGUUGGUGCGAAAUAGCAAAACGCCUUCCAGGAAGAUCAGAGAAUGCCAUAAAGAACCACUGGAAUGCCACCAAAAGGAGACAGAAUUCAAAGAGAAAGCACAAGAAAACAAAGAGCUCUAAUGGAAAACCACAUUCCUCCAUACUUGAAGAUUACAUCAGAAGCAAGACUCUAAUCAGCACAAACCCUACACCUGGCAUCAUCACUGCCUCAACCACCUCUCACACAACACUCUCACAGGACAAUGCAGCUAACCCUUUAAACCCUAUGCUCUAUGAACCUUUUGCUAACGAACUACUCUUCAUGCACUCUAAGAUCCCUUCAACUUCAUACUUGGAUUAUUGUAACAUGAAUGUUGAUGAUGUGGGUGAGAGUGGAUUUGUGUAUUCUCUCCAAUACCCAGAUAACAUGAACUUGAAUGAUAGUCUCUUUCCUAGACACACUCAUCCUACCCCAGCUAAUUACCUUUCUUCGGAUCUAUAUUGUUCUCCCUUGUUCAACGUAGCACCCGGUUAUGGGAAUCAAAAUCUGAACAUCGAUUUUCGGCAUCAAGGUUGUUCACAAGUAAAAGGAGAGGUGGAUUUAAGAGAGUUUGUUUAUUCUUAG